AUGUUCCAGAGAGAGACGAGAUCGGUGCUUCCAUGUUCCAGACAGAGACGAGAUCGGUGCUUCCAUGUUCCAGACAGAGACGAGAUCGGUGCUUCCAUGUUCCAGACAGUGACGAGAUCGGUGCUUCCAUGUUCCAGACAGAGACGAGAUCUGUGCUUCCAUGUUCCAGAGAGACGAGAUCUGUGCUUCCAUGUUCCAGACAGAGACGAGAUCUGUGCUUCCAUGUUCCAGACAGAGACGAGAUCUGAGCUUCCAUGUUCCAGAGAGAGACGAGAUCGGUGCUUCCAUGUUCCAGACAGAGACGAGAUCUGUGCUUCCAUGUUCCAGACAGAGACGAGAUCGGUGCUUCCAUGUUCCAGACAGAGACGAGAUCGGUGCUUCCAUGUUCCAGACAGAGACGAGAUCGGUGCUUCCAUGUUCCAGACAGAGACGAGAUCGGUGCUUCCAUGUUCCAGACAGAGACGAGAUCUGAGCUUCCAUGUUCCAGACAGGGACGAGAUCGGUGCUUCCAUGUUCCAGACAGAGACGAGAUCAGUGCUUCCAUGUUCCAGACAGAGACGAGAUCGGUGCUUCCAUGUUCCAGACAGAGACGAGAUCGGUGCUUCCAUGUUCCAGACAGAGACGAGAUCUGAGCUUCCCUGUUCCAGAGAGAGACGAGAUCGGUGCUUCCAUGUUCCAGACAGAGACGAGAUCUGUGCUUCCAUGUUCCAGACAGAGACGAGAUCGGUGCUUCCAUGUUCCAGACAGAGACGAGAUCUGUGCUUCCAUGUUCCAGACAGAGACGAGAUCGGUGCUUCCAUGUUCCAGACAGAGACGAGAUCGGUGCUUCCAUGUUCCAGACAGAGACGAGAUCGGUGCUUCCAUGUUCCAGACAGAGACGAGAUCGGUGCUUCCAUGUUCCAGACAGAGACGAGAUCUGAGCUUCCAUGUUCCAGACAGGGACGAGAUCGGUGCUUCCAUGUUCCAGACAGAGACGAGAUCAGUGCUUCCAUGUUCCAGACAGAGACGAGAUCGGUGCUUCCAUGUUCCAGACAGAGACGAGAUCGGUGCUUCCAUGUUCCAGACAGAGACGAGAUCUGA